AAGAUAAACGGAUUAGGUUCAAGGUAUUACAGACUUACUGAAAUAUGUAUUUCUUAAAUAUAACAACACUUACAAUAUGCAUUGGACUUUGCUUCACGUUUGUGAUCAAGGAAAAUGUUCAUCAACAACGAAUGUGUGACGUAGCUACUGAUUGUCAUGACAACGAAUGUUGUGUUUCGAACGUCCAACCAAUCGGAAAACGACAAACAAGCCAUCGUGGACACUGUGUUCCAAUGGGAGAAGUCGGAGAUGGGUGUCUGGUGAGAUUUGGCAACACAACUUCCAGGCCUACAGAAUUGGUACUUGCGUGCCCUUGUUCACCAGGUCUAUAUUGUCAUGGCGAUCAUAAAUAUGAAAUACCCCUUGGAGAAAUCGGUCAUUGUGCUGCUCAAUAGACUGCCCCGAUAAAUCAGCUUAAAACUACCUUUAGGAAAAUUGAAAUGAAGAAAUCUUCAAGAUAAAUGAUGAUGUUUUCAUAAUUAAGGAACAGGCUUCAAUAAAGCUGCUUACAUGUACAUAAUGAUAGAUAUUUUUCGAUUUAAUAUUCUGGUAAACAUAUUUGCAUUAUAAUUUUUACUGUACAUGUACAUAUCAUCCAUGA